CAAUAUUCUUCCAACGUCAAAGAGACCUUUAGUAAUACCUCCUGGGUAGUUAAUGAGUCAAGUUUUCUAAUUUAUCUAUUAGAUGACAUAGCCCAAUAAAGAGCAAACUGAGAGUAGAAAGCUGUUAAAAAGCCGUACAAUGUUUUUCCCAACCACUAGCUGCUGCUUGUUUACACCUAUUUUGUAGCCUAAAUCCUUCAGCACACAGUCAGCAGUGCUUUUCAUUUUUUGGGUUGAGGGAUUAAGACUGACUGACUCUUUAGCUCUUUAGCACUCGGACGGAGUUUGAGACCCUUUCAGUGCAGAUAAACCCACCAGCAGGACCUUGUAGCGCUGUAGCAGAACAGCACACCCCGCUGUAUCGCUCUGUUUGCGGCGCUGGUCGUGUUUCAGCUCUCUCGCUGUUUCUGCACCGGCCGGUUGUUUCUAUAGCGCGCCCCGCCUCUCCAUCAUGGCCGCCAGCGCGAGCCGGAGCAGAGCGCCGGAUGCGCGCGCCCCGUGAGAGCGCGAGCGAGAUGGAGGCGCGUGUGGACGAGCGCGUUCGCCUUUCCGCUCGCUCCCAGCCCGACAUGGCGGAAUGACCGCUGGAAACGCCGGAAUCACAGGCUUCAUCCUCCAGCCGAGGCCCGACCGAGCAGCAGCGGAGCCUGGGGAUGGAUUUCAGACCGCGCUGUGAGAGAGAGACUGAGGGCUAAAGAGUGUUCUGUUGUGUGAAACAGGAAGAAGAGUGUGAACAAUGUGAUUUGUGUGGCCUCUAUUCCAGUGAAAAGCACAGUGGCCUGUGACCUGACAUGACCAUGCCACCCUUAUACCCCAGCACACAACUGCCUUUUUAUGUAACGCUAUAGAUGUUCCAUUCAAAGCUAGCUUUACCAUUCCUCAUCACCCCUUUCCUUUCUCCUCCACCUCUCUUCCUUCCCACUCUCUCAUCCUCAUGCUUGUGACUCUACUGCCUUCUUUGCCUCACUCUACCUCUCCACCAUUCACCUGUUCCACCUGCACUCCUGACACUUCUCCUCUGCACCCAGUGCCAUAAUGGUGUGUUGUGGUCGAGCGCUGGACUCUCCCUGUACUCUGGCUCUGUUGGUGGGCUUCCAGUUUGCGUUUGUGCUCUAUUUCUCUCUGGGAGGUUUCCGUGGCCUCGUCUCUGUACUGGUCCACUCAUCAGAGCCUGAGUUUGAUUACUCUCGGCCUCAUGACGUCUACACCAACCUUAGCCAGCUCAGUGCCCUCUUGCCUCCUCAUCCAGACCCCACUGGAGCGAACAUGCAGCUCAGAGAAUGCCUGUUGCCCUCUCCACUUCUGGUGGGACCUGUAUCUGUGCGCUUGUCCUCUCCCCCCUCCCUGGAGGAGAUAAAAGAGAGGAACCCUCUGGUGAUGCCAGGAGGCCAUUACCGCCCACCUGACUGUGAGCCGAGGCACCAUACGGCCAUCGUGGUCCCCUACCGAAACAGGCAGAGCCAUCUAAGAGCACUCCUCUACCAUCUGCAUCCCUUCCUGCAGAGACAGCAGAUACACUACAGCAUCUACAUUGUACACCAGUCAGGGAACGCAACAUUUAAUCGUGCUAAGCUACUGAAUGUGGGGGUGCGCGAGGCUCUCAAGGAAGACUCCUGGAGUUGCAUCUUCCUACAUGAUGUUGACCUGCUUCCUGAAAAUGAUCACAACACCUACACCUGCCACCCUCAGUACCCGACCCACCUCUCUGUGGCCAUGGACAAGUUCAGAUACAGACUGCCAUACCCACAGUACUUUGGAGGGGUGUCUGCUGUCACUCCAGAUCAGUACCUCAAAAUGAACGGCUUCCCGAACCAGUACUGGGGCUGGGGAGGAGAGGACGAUGACAUUGCAACUAGGGUUCGUCUCUCUGGGAUGAAGAUAGUGCGCCCCCCAGUGGCCAUUGGCCAUUAUAAGAUGAUUAAGCAUAAAGGGGACCAGGGUAAUGAGCAGAACCCCAGAAGGUUUGACCUGUUGAAGCGGACCAGGUUAAACUGGAGAUCAGAUGGUCUCAGCUCUCUGACCUAUGAGCUUCUGUCCAAAGAGCUGGAGCCGCUGUACACCAACCUCUCUGUUAACAUCGGAGAAGACCCUCACCCUCCCCCAAAAAAGGCUGAGCAUCACAGAAAGGCCUCUCACCCAACAGCCAAACCCAAUGUCAAGAGCAGUGAGUUGGGAAAAGUGGGUGUUCUCUCCCCUCGAACAAACAAACUGGAGCAGGCCCACCUGAAAUUAGCCAACAGGAGCUCAGAGGUUGCGCAAAAAGCUGCUGUAAAACAGGAAGUUGGUUGAAGUCAAACACGCAGUCCAAAAAAACUACUGGCACAAGUACCACACGGCCAUUUCUUGAAUAGAUGGUGGACUUAUAACAUGCAGGUUUGCUUCGUUUUCUGUUUUUAAAAUCAUGGAGCUUUGCAAUGAGGCUUGCAGGUAAGCUAAGUCAUUCCACUGAAGGCCCACCAACGGAGGGGGCGUUUAACCUUAAUUUCUCUCUGAAGGACACUGAUUUUUCGACACUGGCAUGGUGACAGUGGCGCAGACCUGCUGAGGAUUUGAGAGUGAGCCAAGCUUUUUGGAAAUAUUUCUGGAAGUGGCCUGUUUGUGUGCAGUUAUAGUGCUAUAGAAACACUUGCACCAGUGCUAGUCCCUGUGUGCUCGUUCAGCCAGCCUGCUGUCAGCUGCUAAUCUUCACCCCACUGUGUGGGUUCGUCUCUGUGCCUUCUAUUCGCUCAAGGACCAGUCUUUAUCAGCGUCUUACUACAUAUGUUCUGGAAUCCCAAGACAAACUCAUUAGUUAGCACUGGUGUAUCAGAGUAAUACUAGAGCUUAAUUUCUGAUCCUCUUACUUCUUCUCAUCAGCACAAAAUGCUUUGUGAUCUUGUGCUUGAGCAGACUGCUAUCACUGUGGACCUGUUUUCGGUCUUGCUCGACAAAUAUUCGGUUUAUCAUGUUUUCAAAGGUUUGUGUUCUUGUUUUACAGCUAGCACCGACUCGGUUUUCCUUUGAGCUGCUCAAAUCACUAUUUAUAUUUUUGGUAUGGAGUCUAAUAGGGUAUACUUGAUUGAGUAUGGUAAUUGUAUGGUGCCUCUGUUGGUUUUAGUGUUGGUUAGACAAUCGGUGGGAUAAGCAAGCAAGCUAGUUGACAAAUCAUACAUCAAGUAGUCUAGGGUCACAGUCAGUUUUAUCAUUAUAAUUAAACACAUUUGAAUGGGUUAUUUUAGGUUCAUUAUUUGUAAAUGUUCUAAUAAUAUAGCUAUUAGGUCUUUUAAAGUCUUGAAUUCAUCAGCAUUAAGUGGACUAUUUUCAUGGUAAGUUUGGUCAUGGGAAACUGUUGCUAUAUUGCUAUAAUGCUAAGUAGUUCUGGGCCUUCGUGCAUCAGCUGUAUUAAUUCUACAAGACUGCCUCCAGUGAACGUUUGCCAUCCGCCAAACAUGCAGAUCAUUUCAUAUUAGUGAAAUAUUGCAGGACUUAAAAUUCUGUCUAAUUACUUACCACAUACAAUUUUGUAUCACUGCUUACUGGAUGUGAUAUGUAGUCAAGUUGUUUUCUUCACUACAGGUACAUUCCAUUCUUAUUUAUGUAAGAAUGAACAAUAUAUAUAUUUUACUCCCCUAAAGACCUGCCAACAGUGAACAUCAUGCUGUAUAUGUGAUUGGUGUUUGGAAUGCUUCUGUUUGUCACCUAGGGUUGUGUUUCUCAAACUAUCUCUCAGGAACCACCUGCUCUAUCUUCAUUAGGGACCUAUAGUGUGGUAAUUGAGCAGUGCAGUGUAAAUGCUGUAUGUGUUUUCACCAUACACCGUAUGUAACAGUGAACGCUCUGCUAGCUGGCUGCAGUGCAACCUUUAACAAUCCCCCUCCAAUCCCGUAUGUCGUUGCUGUCCAAGCUGAAAAACAAGUACCAGUAUCUCCAAAACAGCAAUUUUACAGGAGAGAGAAAAACCUUCUAAACUUUAAAUGGAAGUCAAUGUAAAAAGAGUUAAUUUCAGGUCAUUUUGAAGUAUUUCUAUUGGUCUGUUCAUCAAGAAAUGUUGACACAGUGUAAGCGAGGUUUUUUUUUUUUUUCUUUUUUUCAAAUUAAUCGACAAAAAUGGACAUACUUGUUUUUCAUUGGACAGCAACAAUAUGUUAUUGGAACAGAAAAGAAAAUAUUCAAUUACACAUUAUGUCAUUUUACUUGUGUUUAUUUCUUUUGUGUUCUGUCAGUCCCCCCCAAUCUCUUUGCAAAUAAUACAAAUUCUAUGCGUUUUGGUGAUAGUUAAAGGUGAAGAUGAAGUGAUUGCCAGCUGUUGGCAAAUUGUUAGACAGAAAAUACUAAAUGUAUUAAGCCAUUAUUGUUUGGUAAUCGUGUUUUCCAAUUUUUGAUCUCGACAGACAGACAUACGGCUUCAAGUAUGGGAUAGGUUUAGGUUGUCACACUGCCUCAAUUUUUCUCUAUGGUGCAAGCACAAACAAGAUGGCAGCUUGCUUUUUGGCCAUCUCUUGGCUUUAAAACGCCACAAUGGGGAGCAACACGGAAGAACUGUCCACUCUUCUAUAUAAAGUCUAUGGUUUCCCUGCACACACAACCAAAAACAGUUACAUGCCACACUUUUCCAUUUUACUCUGUUUUCAGUUGUUUCUAAUCCAAAUUUGAGUAUCAAUGAGAGACAUUGGUGAGAAUAGUAAAAGAUAAAGAAUAAAGAGAGAUAAAAUAGUAUUAUGAAUCACACUCUACAUGUUGCAGCAAAUGAGAGAGAGGAGGAGAACAGUUGCCGUGUGGGAUGCCACUUGAAGUGAUUGAUUAUACCAUCUAUGCUCCAAGCAACUACGUGCACUAAACCAAGGUGGUUUGGUACUUGCCAUUACAGCCAUAAUCUCUGUUUUUUGGUCCCUGAGAGCUGGUUUGAGAACCACUGAUCUAGGGCAUGAAAGACGUUGUUGAUUACUUGUUGUGUUCACUAAUAUCACAAAUGAUUGUUUGAAUGUAUUUAAUUCCACUAUGUCUAAAGCGUUUUUCUCUUUCUGGAAGUGUAUCUAUUUUUUUUUUAUUCUUUUGCUGAUUGUGCACUGCCUACUCUUAAAUCAGGGGAACGGCAGUGUAAAGACCUGCAAAUAUGUUUAACUUGCUGUUCAUCAAGCCUCAAACAGUUUUCCUUAAUGCCUUUACAGUCAAAAUAAUAAAUAGUUAGACACAAGGAUCAUGAAGCUGAUAUUUAUUCACAGUAGUCAUUUGGACAUGCUAAGGUACCAUAAAAAAAAACAGUAGUAUGAAUUAUAUACAUAUAUCUUGGCUUGCUAACUUGUAUCUAAGGGACGUGUUUCCUGAUAACAUAUUUGCAAGGUCCUAAUAUAUUUACUGAAUACAGUAGUUUUGUAUGAGAUAUUUAGUAAUGGUGAUAAUCUACUUUAAAACCUAUGGAUAGUAUUUUAGUAUGUUUCAUUUCCAGUUUUUGACUUGACGCCGGUAACAUAAAGGUGUAGUAACAAUUUUGUAGUUUAUAGAGAUUCUGUUUUAUUUAUUAAUUUAUUUUUACAUUUUCACAUAUCUAACUGCAGUGUAUGAAUUCAUGUUCUCUGAAGUAAACUGCUGUGCUCUAUAGGUAAAUUCACACAAACCUUAAUAAUGGGUUUAAAUUGUCAGUCCUAAUUGACUCUUAGUUUGCAGUGAAGCCUCAUGAUUAGUAUCGUAGUUUCUCAUAAGUUAGAACUGAAAGUGACUGCUGCUGUAUAGUAGAGAGCAAAUUUCUCGUUUCUAGAUCACUAGAACACACUCCAGACAACACACAUCAUGGUGUGAAGUAACUGCUUGACUGUACUCUCAGUAACAGACAGCUGAAUUGAAAUCCGUACUUUAUCAAGGGUCCUUGAAUGUGGAUGCUAAGCCUGUGAGCUUGUGACUGACUUACAAGAACUGUCAGCACACCUCCAGUUCCCAGGAGCUACUGUGUCUGCUGGUAGCAUUACAAAGUGACUCAUUUUGCUUCCAAGCACUAAAAACGAUUUACCGAAGACUAGUGAAACCAGCUGAUGCUCUGUUCCUGAGAGACUACAGGCGUGCUAGUGCUUUAUGUAAAACAGUUCCAUUCAGCAGAUAAAUAAAGGAAGUUGAAAGGA